CGUUCAACAAAACAAAAACAAAAAAAAACUUGAGGCGUGAUUCGAGAUUCAAUUGGGUACUCUGAUCCGACUCCGAGUGAGGACAUUCCAUUCGCGAGCAGAGAGAAGUAAUUCUGUAAUAGCAAGUAUUAAUGGCCUUUGUCAUUGUUGCUGUGUAAAUGGAAGCAGUUGUUGUUGUUGCGCGGAUUUUCCGAGUGCAUAAGAUAUUUGCUGGGGAUUAAGUGCAAAAGACUCCAUGGUAAACCCGAAAGUGUCCGGUCACUCAAAGAUAUGCUACAGGCCCAUUAGACCUUCUGACAUUGACAUCUUAGAGCAUAUCCAUGGCAGACUAUUCCCUAUCAGGUAUGAAAAUGCUUUUUUCCAAGAUGUGGUAAAUGGACAGGACAUUGUGUCAUGGGGAGCUGUUGACCGUAGUCGGCCAGAUGGCCAAAGUGAUGAACUCAUUGGAUUUGUAACAGCACGGGUUGUCCUUGCAAAAGAAAGCGAGAUAGUGGAUAUGCUUGGAUAUGACUCGGCCAAAACUGAUCAAACUUUAGUCUACGUUUUAACUUUGGGAGUAGUGGAAGCAUAUAGAAGUCAUGGAAUAGCUUCUUCUCUGAUUCGGGAAGUCAUAAACUAUGCUUCAAGCAUUCCAACCUGCCGAGCUGUUUACUUGCAUGUAAUUUCUUACAAUAUCGCAGCAAUCAAUUUGUACAAGAAAAUGUCUUUCAAGUGUGUAAGAAGACUGCAGGGAUUUUAUCUAAUCAACGGCCGACAUUAUGAUUCAUUUUUAUUCCUUUACUAUGUAAAUGGGGGACGGUCUCCUUGCUCACCACUAACUGUACUUUCCAUUUCAAAUUUCAGAGAGCUUCUCUCUGCAAUAGUAAGCUACAUGAGGAGUGGCUUUAAGUCAGUGACUGCCAGGCUAUGUAAGAACGAAGGAAAGAAGAUCUCAAGGCGGGCUAAGUGUAAAGAAAGUUAUACUCUCAUGUCAGCAACUCACAACAAAAGAAAUGGGGCAGUUGAGUGUACUGGUUAUGAGUGUGUUUGAUUUUUUUUUUUAGUUUUCUGUAUCAUUCAACCUCACUCUUUUUUCUCUCUAGAUUAUUGAAGCCAAAAAUUAUAUUUACUUCAUGUAACUAUGGUGUCUUAAUAAACUUUUCAUGUUUUGUGUCACCAACAAAGUGUUGCUCCGAGUGGAAUAUUUGCUCUGGUCUCUUAAGAAUGUGGUAUUGAAUUCGAUCCCUGAAUUCAUAUAUAUGAAAAAAACUUUGUUGGGAAGGGUCA